GCUCUUGGUAUGGCGGACUCUUGUUCUUGGUUUCGGGUGCGGUGUCUUUGAGAAUGUAGUGUGGCCAGAGCGCCGUUGAAAUGCUUAGUAAUAGUCCUCUUGGUGGUUCUAGCGAUUCCUCUUUGGAAUAUUGCUUCACCAACAUUUUUGCUCUGACGGACUUCAACGGAAUACAGUACCGCAAGUACGUAUUAAAGACGCAGAGAGAGUACAAAAAUCUGUUGGAGGACCCUAUUAUCAAGUCUUUUUCUCUUUGUCAGCAAAACAGCAUUCUGUCUGCGUGGGUUAGAUCCAAAAGGAAUGCUGAAAAAUGCGAUCCCUGUUCGUUCUCUAAAUUCAGCAAAGAUUUGUGGGUAUUUUGGUAUGGCAAUGGCGACCUUCCAAAUGCUGGAUCUUGCAUUUUACCUGACUUAUACGAAGAAGAAAAAGGCAACUGGCGUCAAGGUCUCUCUUAUGAGAUACGAACCGUUCUGUUUCGUGCUCUUCAUAACGUAGUCGAAAAAUGUUUGUUGAACAAAGGGUUCGUGCGUCUUGGAAGAUGGUUUGUGCAGCCUUAUAAACACAAUUGCAGCGAAGACUAUAUCAGCUUCUCAUUCUUCCUCCAUGGGGAAAGUACCGUUUGCGCCAGUUUGGAUCUAAGACAGCAUUCCCUUGUUCGUCGUGUUAGUUUAAAGCACAUACAGCACUGUUCAUCAAAUCAAAAACCCAUUCCUGUGAUAUUGGCGCCUUACGGUAUUGCAGCAGAGCUUUCUGGUUUCGAAUCAAUACAUAAAAGCGAGGACGAUUUUUCCAAAGAGCUUGAAGCAUGGUCUAGCUUUUAUCCCUUGCGCUGCGCCAGUGACCACGAUAUUAGUGAUUCCCCAACUGGUGGAUUGCCGUCCUUCAUCACAACGAGCCCCACUCAAGGCUCUCGAAGUCAAGUGCAUAGCAGGUGCAAAUCACCUCCGGAUAAACGUCCCCACCUUAACAAGUCUGUUCCUAAAGACCUCGACUUCAUUCCGCCAUUUGUCGAGGUUAUUGUUGGUGGAUUUCGAAUGCGUUACCCAACAUGUUUUGUGCUCCUAGUCGAUUCUGACGAUGACGCCGCUUCCACUGGUGCCUGCCCAAAAUCGGAAUAUCCUCCACAUGCCCAUGUGCACUCUUCAUCUAAACAAAUACCUCAGCCGAGUUGUGAUAUUAAACAGGGCAUCAAUGCAGAACUGAAAUGCCCCCAUUCUUGGAGGAUUCCCAAACGGAAAGUGCUUCAUCUGACUCGCACUCGUUCGAUUCCUGGUCGGUACUCCACGCGAUCCUUUGAAUGCUCACUACAGUCUGACCUUGGCUUUGAUGUUAGACGUAUGCAUCUUGGUGAAGUGGCACUAAGUCGUUCACGGCGGGACCGUUUGAUUCCAAGUUCUUUCAAACUUCCUACCCCUUGUUCCGAUCUGGCUGCACUCUCUGAAAGCAAUGAUUCUGCGGAUGCCUUUUGCAAGGGAAUCUCCGUUACUUGUUCUGCUUACUCAUUGUCUUCGCGGAACUCAGACCCCAUCUCGUGUCGCUGCCAAAGGCCAUGUUUGCCUCGUCAACUUCUCAGUUAUGGUCCUUUCCAUCAUAUUGAUGCUGACACCCGAUGUGCCCUGCGCGGUCUCAUCAGCGAAUUGAACACUGUUGGAGAUAGUUCGCACAACUUCUCUCAACACCAAGCCAUUGGUACUGUGUCGCAUGACCCGUCCAUGCCCACCUUAAGUCCGCAGCAGCCAACUUCCCUAUCUGGACCCAGCACAACAUCCGGCCCGCAUUGGAGCUGUGUAUCUAAAAGCUCCACGGAAUUACUACGGGGUGUCGCGAACAAAGGAGAUUUAACAGUGACGGUCUCCACUUCCCUGGUCCCUACUGCUCCACCCUCGCUUUCCUUUUCGAACCCUGCUCGCAUAUCUACGAUUCCACACAUUUCCAACCUCGCAUCCCCAACUGUUGGACUUCCAAACGGUCUAGUAUCCGUCGAAAGACCGGCUUCUCCCGUCAGUGAAACUUCCACCUCCUCUUCAAGACCACCCACAGCCUUACUUUCCAUCACAAAGCCAUCUCUGAAAAGUGUCUGGUUGACCGAGCAGAUAUCCAUGGAGGCUCCCAAAAGACCUGUGUUAAAAUUGAAUCUGGCCGAUGAGUGCGAGGAGGAUCAGCCAUGCACCACAGAUCUAUGUCCGUCUACUAACGCUAUCAAGGCACAGUCAGCUGUUUUCUUUGCAUCUUCGGAUGAGUAUCACUCCAGUGAUGGCUGCUCUCGUCCAAAGCGCCCACGUAUAUCCUGUAUCAGUAACCCCAAUGAUCAGUAUGACGCCGAAGACACAUCUGAGCGGGCCAAAUUCUGUGGCAUGGAGCGUGGAUCAUUUUCUUCCGAUACUCCACCGGAUAGUGUUGGUUUUGAUUCGUGUGAAGAUGAAUGUACCGUUCCAAACGAUCUACUUGGAUGCCCUCUUUCCUCUAGUGGUUGCAACACAAACUCAUUGCUAAACCGAACUCUUGGUCUGAUGGUCCAUAAAGGAGUGAGUCUGGCUAGCAGCACUGGUUCGGGACACUUGGGACCUGCUGAGUUGGCCUUGAUGCUCCCUACCCCACCGUCACACGAUGCACCCCAGCCCAGCCCAGGCGAUGUAAUUGCAGUGGGGGCUAGUACUACGGGUAACACGCGCACGAAUUUGCCUGGUUUUGCCACAGAUGUUGCUGACUCUCCGACUCCUCCUGGUAUUUUCCUUACCCACAAUUUGCUCGAUUCAUGCAACACAUUUGACCAAAGUGUCGCCAUGACUCUACAACAACCUCUCAGCCCACCGCAAACGCAGCUUUUGAACCUCGCCAAACAGUCCUGCGUGCAGAACUAUAAUUUCACCACGUUGGAUCCUAUCAAAGACUGGUCGUUUGUACGUCCUUGCGCUGCUUACUUCGGGAUCACUGGUAGCUAUCAGUUUUGCCGGAACGAUUCUAGCUUGUUUCCAAAGAGUAUACCACAUGUUCAACUGGCUUACGAUCACCGAGCUCUUCGCAACUACAGAUCAUCGAUCUGCGAUCCAUCGUUGUGUGCGGAUCACAUGGGCAGUCCAUCUGUCGGCCUUGUCCGAUCUACGUCCAGUCCCCCACGACAGAUCAAAUGUGCGCUCACCUCCCCCAAUGGGCUCAGUGUUCAUCAGUUUGAGACAAGCUCGGUCGAGUUAAAACCCAGUACCCUAGACUCGGUCGUUUCAACUUCAUCUACUGGCCUACUCAUUCCAUCGGCAUUUGACACGGAGCCUGCAACUGCUACGUCCACUACAUACUUCAAUCACGAAGGCAGCCAGUCACACUUACCGGAAUCAGAUGCGAUUUUGGUGAACAUCAUGCUAUCUGAUUCAAUGCUUAAUCUUUUCCGCGAUCACAACUUUGACUCGUGCAACAUUUGUGAGUGUUCAUCUUCUGUGAUGGGCUCUGAGAUCGAUCUCUACCUUGUCAACUGUGCACCGGCUGCUGGCAGUGGUAAAACACAACGCCCGUCAUUAGGCAGUGUUGGCAGUGGCAGUGCUGGGGGAUUCGGUCCACACGAUCUCGUCAAUGGUUCUGCCUUUGGCUGUGCAAACGAAUGCAAAUGUGGUUUCAGUGCUGUUAUGAACCAGAAGUAUGUAGUGAAUGGCAACCUGUUCUACGAGGAUGAGGUAGAGGUGACCAGCCUUUUCCUUCCAUCCGAACACAUGCCCGAUCGUCCGCGUGUUUACUCAUCGCCUCCAGUCUAUAACCAGAAGCUGGGGUGGUGGGCAGGUCCCUGUUCGCCGUCUCAUGAACACCUCAUGCUCCUUCUACGAAUGAUGCAGACCGUGUACGACGAACUUUGUGUCCGACAACUCAUGGACACCCUUAGACGUCUUCGCUCACCUUCCUUGUUGGAUUCUAUCAAAGAGGAUAUGAUUGAAUAUGAUGAUGCAUGCACUCUGGUCGCUGCGGCCUUGUCGGAAUCUUGCAUAUCCCACGAUUCUAAAUCACGUGACGCAGGCAAUGUAUCGAACAGCCGGGUUGCUGUUAACCCUUCUUUCCUAUUCAAGGCCCGCUCCAAAAUACCGGAAAAUCACAACGACCAGAUUCGCUUGCUAGCGACCAUGCGACCUUGGUUACAAGAGGCGAUUUCUUCCACCCGCCUUUUGGAGUCCAACUACACUGUCGAUGGCCCAUUGACGUGGAAGGCUUUUCAUCAACUUGCUGGUCGUGGUUCGGAGGAAACGUGUAAGCCUCAACCGGUGCCUCAGCUACGCGUCGGCAGCUCGGACAAUGAGCAUCUUCUCAUCUCUCCUUUUGCCCUCCGUGAUUGGGAUCGGCUAGCUUUAUCUCCUCUGUCGCUUGCAAAACACUUGGCUUACGCAGUUGUAAUUCCUGGGGAUCCUCAUGAACUUGCCUGCACCAUCAAUCCAGCUUCUAAUGCGUCAACGGUGAAGCAAGAACAGAACGAGUCAAAACAUUACUUGCUCAGCCGUCAUAACCAGGAGGCAACUUCAUGCCGGUCGUUCGUCCCAGGUGACAAGCACACUAUCCCGUCGGCUCUCGUUGGCUUUCUCAAAGAAUUAUCGCUUACUUACGAGAACUUCCGUCUUGGUCGUCAUCUUCCGUACUACUUGCCGGAGUUAAAUCGGCCGGAAACAGCGUUCAUCACAGUUCACCCCUUGGAAGAUAAGCUUGCCACUCCGGAAGAGGACAACUUCGGCUGUUUUUCGCCAGAUUCUUACCGGGCUCUUGUCCACAUGCUGGAGGGCCAUUGCACUUCCCCCGCAGCGUUUCUCAACUGCCUUCAGUCCUACGUUUCAUCAGCUUGUCGUCAGACUAUUUCACUGUUUAUUGAGCGUGGUGUGUCGAUUCCUGUCCCCAUCACACGUGGUGGUAAAUGCACCACAUCCAAUGACGUUGGUACCAAACUGUUCCCAAAGUUUGGUUUUCAGCGACUGGCUAACUCCUUCAAGCGUGAUCACGAUAAAGAAAAUGAUCCAAAAAUCCAGGCCCGUCAGACGCAGGGUCGAGACGGCAAAAUUCUCGGCCAUUCGAGCACCGAUCCACACAAUGGCCAGGGCCCAUUGACCUCUUCGAUGGACACCUCGCAUUGGGGCACGGCGGAGGAUGCCUAUUUGGUCGUCUACCUACUCAACCCUUUCUUUCAAUUUUACGACAUGAAUUCCGAACUUUCGCGCAUCACUAUGCAAGCUUUUCUUGGAUGUGCUCAAAAGAUUCUCACCUUAAUUCCGGAAUCUUGGAGACCCCGUGUGAGCAUUCAGUUAUUGUCCUUGGAAGAUGUCAUGUCAAACUACUCAUCCCGACUACGCUCGAUGGCCUUGUCCAUUUAUUCUUCCGUCGCUCGGUACAUUGAACCCAGUCUGCUCAAUGCCAACCGAACUCUUACGGGGAUCGGGCCUGCUUCAGAAAAGGAGAUUAUUUCCAACGAAAAAGAGGUGUUUCACAAACGCUGUGUCAAUGCCCCGCCAUACACUCUUGUCGCAUCUCAUGAUUGUUCCAGCAAGUGGGACGCACCUCCCUCCGAUUCCCUCUAUCGGUCUUCCGUCCUUUUUGUCGCUUACUGCUUGUCCGAAGAUCAGCAAUGGCUUUUGGCAAGCUUUACCGAUGAACAAGGUAGUCUCAUUGAUCAAGCCUUGAUAAACAUACGCGUUCCCUCUGCUUUCUUCACUGACCUCGAUGCGAAACGGACCCGCAGUUCAACCGACACCUCCGGAACCCCUGUGCGACGUUUUAUCAGUCCGCGGCGUAUUGGCUUGACUCGCCUGUGGGAUUACAUCAUCAGCCUCAUAAGUGGAACUGCGAAUCCUUGGCGUUUAGUGAUUGGUCGCAUUGGACGUUUAGGGCACGGAGAACUCAAAGGUUGGAACGGCCUAUUGGGAAGAAAAAGCUUGCAGGAUGUGAACCGUUUUUUUCGCGAACGAUGCUCGGUCUGCAAUGCGUCCACUACGGUCCCUUCUCAGGCCCCCGGAAUCAGUGGCGGCAACAAGACUACUUUGAAUCUUUUCAACUGCUCUAGUGGAGCCAAUAGCUGUACCCAUGAAUUACCAAGUCUGAUCAGUGCUUGUCUUGUUUCCUUGGAACCUCAAAGCACCUUUCGCCUCUAUCCAGGCAUUGGUCUCUCCUCGGAUGAUAUGGGCGGUGGUGGCGGGGGUUGUGGAGGCGUCGGUGGCUCCAACGCAGGUGGCGGUGGUGGUGGUGGCGCUGCGAACUCCAGUGUUGGCGGAAUCGGCAGCUCACUCAGUGGUUCGUCCGUCUCUCCGUACACCAUGCGAACAAUGAUGGCAGCUGAUUAUCCACUCUCAACUGAUAUGCCCAGCUCCACACACAUUCUUGUAUUCCCGACCAGUACAUCCGCAAGCGGAUUAUCGGAGCACGAUGCCACCGCUCUGGAUGAUGUGAUGAUGGGAAUGGGGUUUCUUGAUUGGCUACGAACUAGUAAUACUGAGUUAGGGGACUUAGACGCUCCGGGCAACGCAGCGGCUGCUAUGUUCGAUGCUUUUGACAACCCUUCUGGUUUAGAGUUCAACCUUGCCGGACUGGGUGCGGCUGUUGGUGCAGCUGGGGUACACGAUCACAGCGGUACUGUGGAUGCCAAUGGGGCUUGUGCCAGUUUGGGCGAUCCAGUUGAUAAUGUCCUUGCACAUUCUGAUUAUGUUGCAUCUCUGCGCUACCCUCGAGGACACGGGCGCCCGACCGAUGUCAGUCUGCAUGGUAUCGACACCAGCGGCCUGGAUCUCGGCGGAAGUAUGUUCUCUGGUCUACCAAAUAACCAAAGAAGUGAUCGAUUUACGGAACGGCUUCCGCAAACACCGUCAGGCUUUUUCAACACUAUGCCUCAUGAGUUAACUGACCGCCCCGACGAGGUCGCAAAUCUGAUGCAGCAGCCCCUGGCGAUGGGUUACUACAUUUCAACCGCCCCAACUGGUCCCCUCCCUUCUUGGUUCUGGGCCGCCUGUCCUCACUCUAGUCUUCAGUUUCCCGUUUGUCUGAAAUCGGCAUUGCAUCUGCAAAUGAGUCUUGUCGGUGUGGAUGAUGCUGCUGCUGCAGCUGUUGGAGCAUCAGCCCCGCCUCCCAGCACCGGUCCGGGCGGCGUCCCUAACGUCACUUCCUCGGAUCGCCCUAAUCAUCUACUUGAUUCUACUAGUACAUGUGAUGUGCUGCGAUAUGUUCUGGAAGCCUACAAUGCCUUAUCUUGGCUUACUGUGAAUCCAGUGACAAGUGAUCGUCGUUCUUGCCUUCCUGUUCAUAUGCUCAUUCUUUGUCAGUUGUAUCAAGCUGUUGAGUCUUUCACCUAACAUUUUUUCCCUCAACCAUGUCAGAUCUACUUCCGUUCCCAAAUUUCUUCAGCUUCCAUUGGCGUGCAUCUCUUUGUGAUGUGCGUGCUAUUAAGAAUUUCUGUUAAUGCAAACUACGAUAAUGUACAGAUAGAUUGAAUAACAAUCCUCCUACUAUUCAAAGGGCCGUCGUGAGAUGGCAGUGCUACGGCAGCUGUACAUAACACUCCUCUCUGUCCCUGUCCACUAUCGUCCAAAAGUUCCCCUUAAAACAUCGUCUAUUCUUCAACCUGUACAUCUUGCUCUUCAGUCAGUUCACGUGAAUCGGGCAACCUCCGAUUCAGCGCUCACUUUUCCUGUCGUUCACCCCAUUGUUCUGUUGUUCCCUGAUCUCUGUUCUUCUUCCGUCUUGUACAUCAAAGCUCCAUCUUGUCCCUAUUUUGUAAAUACCCUACUGAACAGCCUUUGCCUUUCCGAUUUCCCGGGUCGGCGUUCAUCGAUAUACAAGUCUAAUCUGAUUUCUUUGUACAUAAGGUGGUCCCCCCGUAUGUAUGAUAAGCAUCUUUUCUACUGGUGUUUUUCAUCACGAUAUCGUGAAAUAAUACUGAAGUGUUGCAUCUUUCGUUGUUUUUCCCGCCUCUUAGACUUCUCCGAUGUUGCAUUCACUACACUGUAGACUAACUUUGAUCUGCCAACACGCUGUUAACUA